AGAUGUCCGGUGGGCCGGUUCUGACGUCUUUACCAAAUGGCUCUUUUCCGGGGCUUCCCACCUCCCUUCUCCCCCAGUAAUGGACCAUCUUAGACGGCCCACUCCAUUCUAGGCCCUCAUGGCCUUGGUAGCUGGAGUCUUGUCCCUGCCCAAAGUGGGAUCCACUGAGGUCUCACAGGUCUGAACUCUGAUUCCAUUCAGGAUGGAUGCAUUUUUGCUCGCUGUUUUCCAAGAUCCCCCAGGAAGUCUUUCCUACUCCUGCUGGGAGGAGAUCUGCACAGAAAGGACUUUCCGUUUAGAGCAGUUUAGGGUCGUGAUUGGACCUUUCCCAUCUAGCUGGUGUGACUGAACUGUUGUGGUUUUAUGUGUGUAUGAAGGUACAAGGCAUCUCCCUGUAGCAGUAGCUUUGAAAUGGCUUUAGAGACAUUCCUCAGUGCCAGAUUGUGGCAAGCACCAGGGAGAUGAGGGUGUUUGCCCCUUAAUCCAUGCAGACUGCCUCCUCCCAGCUACCUAUACUUUGUUGUGUGGGUCAGUGGUCAGACCUCAUGCUGGUGCCAUCAUGCUGUAAAAGGAGGAAGGAUUGGCAUGUGGGGUCUGAUCUCCAACAACAGGCCCAGAUCCAGUCUGCAGAGAUCUCCCUACUAGCAAUCCUGGCUGCUGUUCAGGCUGUGGAGAAGAAAACAGAGUCUCAGGCUGUCCACCUGCAAAGCCUUGAAGUACGAGCAGGGACAGCUGAGAAGAGGCUGGCUGAUUUUGAGAAGACAGCUGUGGAGUUUGGCAGCCAGCUGGAGGGCAAGUGGGCCGUGCUUGGGACUCUGUUGCAGGAGUACGGGCUGCUGCAGCGGCGGCUGGAAAACCUGGAGAACCAGCUUCGCAACAGGAAUUCCUGGGUUCUGCGGCUGCCUCCUGGCAGCAAGGGGGAAGCCCCCAAGGUUUCCUUGACAACUGAGGAGGUGGCUGGGUGUUUCUCAGAGCAACAGGAAGGCAGCCUGGAAGACUGGCAGAAGGAGCUCUGCAAGCAUGUUGCGAAGGAGAGUCAUGAGUCGCUGGGCCCACUGGACCAUACCACCAGCAAGGCGAAGUUCCUGACCCCUGUGGAGCAGGGAGGCAAGGUGGGCCACUGCAGCCUGCACACUGCAGAGAGAGAAGCAGGCCAGCUAGAGUCUCCCCAAAGUGUUCUUCCCUGGAUCAAGCAGGAGGAUGAGGCAUGUGAGAGGAACCUUCAGGAGAUGACCACUACACAUCUGUGCUCAGCAGAGACCUGGCUGGUCAGCAAGGAGAAGAGGACCCUGGAGGGAGAGUCCAUGGGGCUAGCUCCAGCCUGGGCAACUGAAGGGAGACCUGCCAAGGAGGACUUUGAGGGGAGCACCUGUGGGGACUUGCUCCCUGUCUCCAGGGAGAGAGAAUUGGCCUCCCUCCCCCGAGACCCUCAGAAUCAGCUUGUGCCAGCUGCUGAAGGCACUGAGAGUUGCCAGAACUUCAGUGUCGAGUUCAGUGCACAGCAUGAGCAGCCACGUCAGGGUCCCCAGCCCUUUGCCAGCGUCCAGUGUCCUCAGAGUGCCACACAGCAGGUCACUCCCCCCAGGCACCGCCGUGAACACACAGCGCAGCGCACCUACACCUGUGUCCAGUGCGGCAAGAGCUUUGUCCAUCAGUCUACACUCACCACACACUACCGCACACACACUGGAGAGAAGCCUUAUGAGUGUGCCGAGUGUGAGAAGCGAUUUGGCCGUCUGUCCACACUGCUAGAGCACCGGCGCACGCACACUGGAGAGCGGCCCUUCCCAUGUGCACAGUGUGGCCGCCGCUUUGGCCGCCUGUCCACACUGGUGGAACACCGGCGCACGCACACAGGGGAGAAACCUUUCCCAUGCACCAAGUGUGACAAGCGCUUCACACGCCUGGCCAACCUGACUGUGCACCAGAGUGUGCACUCGGGUGAGCAUGCCUUCCAGUGCACCCAGUGCGGCUCCUGCUUCACACACAAGCCCAGCUUCCUGCGGCACCUGCGCAGCCACUCACAAGAGAAGCGCUUCGCUUGUAGCCAGUGUGGCAAGAGCUUCACCUGUCACUCCUGGCUGGUGCGCCACCAGGGCAGCCAUGCCAACCUAGCCUCCACUGCUUGUGUGGCUUGCGAGAAGGGCUCUCCAAACUAUGAGCCCCCAGCUGGCCUCCUUACAGCUAGGGGAAAGUUCUCCAGUGACCCUUCUAUCCUACCCAGACUCAAGGACACCAGGGCCAGUCAGGACCACAAGGCAUAUGCUAGAGGCAGGCAUGAUGAGGAAGGUGUAGGGGCGUCUCUGCACAAUUGUUUCUCUGUGAAGAUGGAGAAUGCUGGGUAGCACCCAGGGGGCCCCCUAAUGGACCACCAAGGACAUGCCUCUGGGGCCCCUUGAAUUGAAGCUGCCUCUCCUAAGGGGGACCUCCUGGAUCAAGAGUACUUGGUGUCAUCCACUAGGCCUCCCAGGGGAAGGUGCAAAGUGCCCAUGGGAUUCUUGCCCAGAAGCUCCCUGGAGGUAGGGCCUGCCUGAGCCCUUUGUAGGGAGGGGACUACCUGCGUGGGGGAGGGUGUGGGAGGGAGUUGCUUUUGCCUCUGCCUGUCAGUGUUUGGGGGAGACAUACUUCCUAACAAGGUGAGAGUAAAGACUUGGUGUAUGCUCAACCUGCUUUUCAUAUGCUGACUCUGCAGAGUUCAAAGUGCUUUCUCAUUGGAAGCCAGGUCACAGCACUUCCUUCUUGGGGUUGGGUUACUAGGGAUUAAAUUUGAGGUCUUUCAUAUGGUAAACAAGCACUCUAUCAAUAAGCUACAUCCUAGCCAAAUAGGUAUUCACUCAUUGAGGCUGGCCUUGAACUCACCUAUAUUGCUCAAGCUGAUCUCAAACUUGUGAUUCUCCUUCCUCAGCCUCUGGGGUAACUGGAAUUAUAAGCAGCUGACAGGAUGCUUUGCGGAGCCUCCCAUUACGACAGCAUAUGUGCUCAUCAGGCACAAAUUCAAGAGCUCUGGUGAGUUGUGAUGAGAUUCACUGGAAUUGAGCCAGGCAUGGUGGUACAUGCUUGUAAUCUCUGCUUGGGAGGUGGUGGCAGGAGGAUCAGGAGUUCAAGGUCAUCCUCAGUUACAUAAGGAGUUUGAGGCCAGCUUGGGCUACCUGAAACCCUGUCUCAGAAAAAAAAAUAAUGGGAACUAUCCCUGACUCCUAUCCUUCCUCACAGGACAGGAUAAUUUUCUGGGCUUUUUUGUCCAGAAGUGCCUGGUCUGGUCAUAACCCAGAGUUCAUAAGCAGCUUUCUUGGCCCAAAUAAGGCACAAGAUUUACCUCAAAGCUGCCAUCAGAGCUGGCAGGCAAAGGUCUACCAUUGGUGAUGAAUGCAAAGGAAACCAAGGCCUUUUCCUAGCUGGAGGCUGUGAGGGGUAAUUCCCAUCAGUGGUUGCAUUGUGGGCACAGGCACAGGAAAUGUUGCAGAAAUACCAAACAUUGAAGGGAGGAAGGAAACACAGGUGUGACCCUCCAGCAGCUGAGGAGUUCCCCUCAGGUCCUGCUGGCUCCCAUCACCAUCAACAGUUUAGACCAGUAACAGGCUUUGCACCCAUAAGGGGUGGCUGGCCAGUUGAUAGGGUGUCAUUUUGAAAGACUGAGUUGCCCAGCUGCUGAAGAUUUUCAACCUGGUUCCAAAGAUUGACCAGGCUGGGGAUAUGGCUCAGGCGCAAGCCUGUAAUCCCAGCACUCAGCAGGUGGUGGCAAAAGAAUCUGAAGUUCAAGGUCACCCUUGACUACUUAGGGAAUUUAAGGCCAGCCUGGGCUAUGUGAGACCCCAUUUCAAGGAAUGACAACAAAAAGAUUCCUAGCAGUUUAAAGACCCUGAGUACUUGGAGCAUAACAGCACGUGUACUCCAAAGGAGGGCUGAGACUGUCCUUGUCCCCACUGUGAAGGGAAAUGGGUAAACUGAGCCGUGCUCGGCAGUGAUGCGGCUCCUAGCCCUGCCCCCUGGGCUUUUAUGUCUGUGUCUGGGGUUGGUUUUUCCUGAAGACCUGUGAUUUUCCAUAUUCACUUACAAUCUGUAAAUAAGAAAAUAUUUAUGAGGAAUUGUGAACGUCCCUCCUGGCCCUGCCAGAGUUGGUUCUUGUUUGUGAUGCAGUAAUUGUAUUUGACUCCAGGUUUGGAUAAUAGUGAUGAAUUGCAGUUGUUUUCAACUGUGCUUCCUUUUGAAGUUCUGGAAAAGAAUAAAAGGAAUGGAGAGAUUGAAGUCCAGGGUAGAGCGUCCCAAAGGAAAUCCAUAUCCAGGUAGACUUGGUGGGCCUGACUGGGUUUCCCUGGAGGACACUGUACCUGGCUCAUAGAAAGCACUCUGUCAAUAAAAUUAAUAAAUGUUUCCAUAAAGUGGCUCCAUAGGCAAUUGUAAUAUCAUUAAUUCAAUCACACCAACUCUGUUUUUUUUAAUUGUUUAUUUAAUAACCACACAACAGCAUUGACAUUCAAUAGCAAUUUCCUGAGCUAAGAUGCAUCUCUUUCAAAAUUGGCUGUAAAUUUUU